CAGAGUAGUAAACCAUGCGCACUAAACAUGGAUCAUCUGAAGCAGAAUAAUGUCCGCCUUUCUGCCUCAGAAAUGUUAUCAUUCACUAGAUAUUUUGGUAUACUGAUUGGAGACUUUGUGCCAACUCACGAACCUACGUGGAAACUUUAUAUAACUCUGCGUCAGGUGUUAGAUAUAUGUAUUGUUGUCAAAUGCAAUUGAGGAAGGCGCCCCCAAUUUAUUGAAAACUUUGGUUGCUGAAUUAAAUCAGCUUUACCAAGAUCUAAGUAAGAAUCGAUUAAAACCAAAAUUUCAUUUUUUAACUCAUUACCCCUCGAUAUUGACAAAAUUUGGUCCUGUUUCCCACUUUUGGUCAAUGAGGUUCGAAGCCAAACAUCGGACAUCCAAAAUUGCCGUUAGAGCUUCGUUUAAUAGAUGCAAUAUUACAAAAACUUUGGCAAUCAAGCACCAAUUACAACUAAAUGAACUGUUUAUGAAUGGCAAAUGGAAACCUACAGUUGAAGUGGGGCCUUGUAAUGCAGUUUGUUCAGAAAAAAUGAGAGAAAUACAACUUGCAUUGAAUAUUGCUUCCAAUCAAUCCAUUUUUCAAACGUCAUGGGCCAUUUGUAAGGGAAUUAAAUAUGCCAAAAACGUUAUCGUCACAGUUGAUGUAACGGAGGAAGAUGGACUUAAAUUUGGCAAGCUGGAAAGUAUUUAUCUAUUGGGAAGUGAUAAAAUAAUUUUUCAAUUUUCAUUUCUUAACAACAUUUUUGUUUUGACGAGCACGUAUAUGCAUACGAAGUGGAACUUGCCAAAAAUGACAAUUUUAUUUUUCAACACAAACUUAUAAGCUUUAUUCCAAAUAAUAUGAAUGUGACUUCCAGUGGGCGAAGGUAUGUAACUGUUAGAGAUCCUUUAUAAUGCUUAUUUAUUCAAUAUCUAUUUGUUUGGUUUUUAAAUUGAUGCGAAUAUUUUUGAAAAAUAGAGGAGAGGGGACAAUUUUUACUAAAAGACUUUCCUCCAAAUUGUUUCCCAUCAGUCUAGAAACAUCCGUGGUAUAUGUUUUUUUUAUAUGUAUAAUAUGGCUUAUAAUAGGUUAAUUUAUAUUUUUAUUUAAUAUUUUAUGUUGUAUUGUUUCUAGUAUUUCAUCAGAAAAAUGGCUUACUUAUCUAAAUCUUUAUGUAUUAUCGCGGGUGACCUGGCAAUACCUCCUAUCUGCCAUUUUUUGUGAAAAUGAGAUAUUGGUAGAUUCAUAAUCGGCGCGUACUAAUGCACCUAUCUGUAACUUCUCCUUUCGUUAAAUAAAGUUCGAAAUGGCUGAAAAGUUGUAUUUCAAUUUCUCCCACUGAAAUCUUAAUGAUUUUUGUCAUGCAAAAUCUCCUAAAUCAACAGUUUAUUAGGUGAUGUCAUAAGAGGAUUGUACCUCCGUUCAAGUGUAGUGUGUUUAACGUCGAAAACUGGUUCUCGUUGAUAGGAGGUAUUGCAUUAUACUGAAAGUACCUGGAUAAUUUUAAUAGGAGAAAAUAGCACAUCGAUUUUUUGUUGGAUCCCCAUUUAGAAGGCUGCCAAAGGUUUUCCGGACUCAAAAUAGUCAUGUUUUCAAGGCGCACUGAAAAAAUUCUGUCAUUGGCCCAAUCGCAAAUCGAUGUUGUCGACUCAAGCAAAACUGAAGAGAAAGAAUGUUUCGAUUUAGAAAAUGCAUCUUUCAUAUUUUUAGACGACAACGUGGUCGUAGAAAGCAACAUCGCUUUUCCCAUUCAUCCUGAUGAAGUAGUACCUAACUUUGAAGACUGUUUAACUGAUAUAACCAAUACUACUUCCACUACUUGUGAUAUAGGAGUUCCAAACCAAGUCGAAUAUAAGCAAACAGAUCGUCUUGUUCCUUACGAAGAUUCGAGUGAUGAAGAUCAUGUCAUAGAAAACAUUGCAAAUGAAGUUGAGAAAACUGUAGAAGACGACCAUGAAUCAAAUGAUGUGCAAGAUAGUAGUACUUCAUAUGAACCCGAAAAAGAUGAUGCCAAUAAAUUAGAAGAAACUGUCAUAAAUGAAACAGAAGAAGUGAACGAAAAUGAAUAUGAUCAAGGUAGAAAACGAAGGCGUAAGGCGGAAAAAGAAGAAUGGGUCCGAAAUAAAAACAAAAGACUUCGAAUGCAGGGAAACUGUUCAAUACUGGGUAGAUAAUAGUUCAUAUGGUAUGACGAAAGGGAAUGAGAAUAGAAUUUCUGCUAAGGAAGUCGUUAAGCAAAGGUAUGCAGAAAGUUACAAGUUUUUAGACGAGUUUUUCAAAAGUUUACCUAAACUUCCUUCUCAUUAUUGUCGGCGCGAUACUUCAAAGCUGUAUUUGGAAUACACUUUUCAAAAUAUGAACCAGUUAUAUGAAGUGUAUGUGAAUAAUUUUUGCAAAGACAGAAACAUCACUCCAUUGGGUCGUAAUGUGUUUUCAAAAACGUUUAAAGAAAAAAACUUGGCGCUAUACUCACCGAAAAAGGAUCAGUGUAAUGUUUGUUUUUCAUUCAAAUAUGGAAAUGUCACAGAAAAUGAAUACAGGCAUCACAUCCUAAGGAAAGAUGCUGCUAGAAUGGAAAAACAAAAAGAUAAAGAAAAAGCUGAGAAAGAUGAAAUUAUUACAUUGACUAUGGAUUUACAGGCAGUAAAACUAUGCCCAUAUCUUCCGGCGAACAAAAUUUACUUCAAAACAAAACUAUGUUGCCAUAACUUCACCAUAUUUGAUUUAAAAACACGAAACGUUAUGUGCUAUUGGUUUUCCGAAAAUGAAAAUAGAUUACUUAAAGCAUCUACUUUUACCACCUGCAUUAUAGACUAUUUGGAAGAAAAUUGCAUAACUCCAAUGAAAAAGCCAAUUGUAUUGUAUUCGGACGGAUGUGGUUACCAGAAUCGUAACAAUGUCUUGGCCAACGCUUUACUCAAUUUUGCAAUGAAACACGAAACUUUUAUUUUUCAAAAAUACUUAGAACCAGGUCACACCCAAAUGGAGUGUGACUCUGUACAUAGUGUGAUAGAAAGACGUCUUAAGCACAAAGAAAUUCAUUUACCAAGUGACUAUGUGACAAUAUCAAAAGAAGCUCGAAAAACCUCCACGCCAUAUAAAACUAAAAUGCUGGAGUACUCAUUUUUUAAGGAUUAUUCCGCUUCCAAAUUUUUGCGAUACACUUCUUUAAGACCAGGUCGUAAGACUUCUGACCCUGUGAUUAAUGAUAUUAAGUGCAUUAGGUAUAAUCCACAAGGAACCAUAGAUAUUAAACUGGAUUAUGGCCAAGAUUUAUUUAAUGAGCUUCCUUGCAGGCCAAAAUGUAUGCCUCCUAUUAUGAACUAUCCUCAGUUACUGCAGGGGCCUUCUAAAAUUGCUUUGGAUAAAUGGAACCACCUUCAAGAACUUAAACUCGUUCUGCCAAAAGACACACAUGCUUUCUACGAUAAUAUUUUACAUGAAUAAUUCUCCUCGCCAAUUUAUUUUUUUUAGUGAUUAUGAAA